UCAGCUGACUGACUUUUACUGGAGCAGCUAUGUGCAGUCGCUUUCUGUCUAUCGCGCAUUCUCAUAAAGCACAACCAGCAUAGGCGAUAGGGAACAGAAACCUCCUGAUCCGCUCAGGACAUUAUUUAUCCAUCUGGACGUGCUGCGUUAGGGGACACGGGCAUGGCCAUGGACCGAACGCCAUUCCUGCUGUUAAUGCUGACGACUUUGUCGCUCGCCAUCGAGGUGCCAUCGGAUGACUCGGUGGGCUUGUUGGCGGAGCCCCAGGUGGCCAUGUUCUGUGGGAAGCUCAACAUGCAUAUAAACGUCCAGAGCGGCAAGUGGGAGCCAGAUCCAACUGGCACCAAGACCUGCAUCGGCACCAAAGAGGGCAUCCUUCAGUAUUGCCAAGAGGUCUACCCAGACCUGCAGAUUACUAAUGUAGUGGAGGCCAACCAGCCUGUCAGCAUCCAGAACUGGUGCAAAAUGGGUCGCCCCCAAUGCCGCAGUCACACACACAUUGUGGUCCCCUACCGCUGCCUAGUUGGGGAGUUUGUGAGCGAUGCCCUGCUCGUCCCAGAUAAGUGUAAAUUCCUGCACCAGGAGCGAAUGGACAUGUGUGAGAGUCAUUUGCAUUGGCACACAGUGGCCAAAGAGUCCUGCAGCGAUCGCUCCAUGAAUCUCCACAACUAUGGCAUGCUUCUGCCGUGUGGCAUUGACCGUUUUCGUGGUGUAGAGUUUGUCUGCUGCCCUGUGGAGGAGCAGAAAGAGUUGGACAGCGAGGAGCAGGAGGAGGCCAACUCAGAUGUUUGGUGGGGUGGUGCAGAGUCUGAGUAUACAGACAGCAGCGUGUUAAGAGAACAGGUGACAAACAAACCAGAGCCUGCCACGACCGAGGAUGAUGAGGAAAAUAAUAAUAAUGAAGAAGAGGAGGUCUGGGACAAAGAUGAGGAUGGUGACGGCGAAGAUGAUGAAGACGACGAGGAGGAUGAUGACGAUGAAGACACUACAGAAGAACAGGACACCAGUGAGCAGACCUCCAACAUAGCCAUGACAACCACCACCACUACCACCACAGAGUCUAUAGAGGAGGUUGUGCGAGCGGUGUGCUGGGCCCCUGCCCGAACAGGUCCUUGCCAUGCCAAGCUGCCUCGCUGGUAUUUUGUUGCGGAGACAGGCCGAUGCACCCCCUUCAUCUUUGGGGGUUGCGGGGGCAACCGCAAUAACUUUGAAUCAGAGGAGUACUGCAUGGCUGUCUGCAGCAGCAGUGUGUUGCCCACCAUGGCCCCGAGCCCCGCUGAUGCUGUGGAUGGAUACUUGGAAGCUCCAGGAGAUAUGAAUGAGCACACCCGCUUCCAGAAGGCCAAGGAGAGCCUGGAGGCCAAACACAGAGAGAAAAUGUCAGAGGUGAUGAGAGAAUGGGAGGAGGCAGAGAGACAGGUUAAGAAUCUUCCUCGUGCUGAUAAAAAGACCAUCAUUCAGCGCUUUCAGGAGAGGGUGGAAGCAUUGGAGAAGGAGGCUGCCAGUGAGAGACAGCAACUGGUGGAGAGUCACAUGGCACAAGUGGAAGCCCUGCUUAUCAACCGUCGUCGCCAGGCUCUGGAAAGCUACUUGAACGCCCUGCAUUCUGACCAACCACGGCCUCGUCAGGUCCUUAAUUUGUUGAAGAAGUACAUCCGUGCGGAGCAGAAAGACAGACAGCACCUUCUCAAACACUUUGAGCAUGUUCGCGAGGUGGAUCCCAAGAAGGCGUCUCAGCUUCGACCCUUCUUGAUGACCAACCUGCGUGUGAUUAAAGAACGUAUGAACCAGUUCUUGGGUGACCUCUACAAGGUUCCACAAGUGGCUGCUGAAAUCCAGGACCAAGUGGCAAUGCUGAUGCAACGUGACCAGGCAGAAGUCACUCAACAGCUGUCCUCGCUCCAGAGUAAGAUGAGGGUGAGCUACGGGAAUGACGCACUUAUGCCUGACCUGCCUGACAGCACCAUUCCGCUGGACACCCUGCCUCCAGAGGAGGACGGCCUUGGCUUCCACCCCGAAAGUUUCAACCAGCCCAACACUGACAACCAAAAAGAAAAAGACCAAGGACAGCCAAGUAGGACUAAGUUUCCCUUGGACAAUGUUGAACCUGUAGAUGCCCGUCCAAUUCCAGAAAGGGAUCUGCCCACAAGACCUGAAAUUCCAAUGGUUCGGCUGGACAUUGAGGAAAGGCAUAACGCUGGUUAUGAUGUCCGUGACAAGAGAUUGAUGUUCCUUGCAGAAGACAUGGGCUCUAAUAAAGGAGCUAUCAUUGGGCUGAUGGUGGGUGGAAUUGUCAUCGCCACUGUCAUUGUAAUCACACUUGUUAUGCUAAGGAAGAAGCAGUAUACUUCCAUCCACCAUGGGGUCAUUGAGGUGGAUGCAGCAGUGACCCCUGAGGAACGGCAUCUCACUAAGAUGCAGCAGAAUGGCUACGAGAACCCCACAUACAAGUUCUUUGAGCAGAUGCAUAACUAAAGAACCACUUUAGAACUCUGCACUCCCCCACCCCACCACCAUCACCCCACUGCAUCAGGACAGAGAACACAGAGUUGACCAAUAGUUUGAAUGAAGGAUCAGUCUGUCACUAUGGAGAUGAGAGUGGAUUCCAUCACAUGACCAUUCCAUCCAACUGAACAAGUUAUUUGUCCUUGUUGCCCAUCCAGCCAUCUGUCCAUCUGAUGGUCCAUCUGUGUGCUCCAGUGCUCUUGCACCUGUCCAUCACAGUACUAUGCGGUGAACAAAGUGUCUUCUGCUCUGUUCUCUUUGCCCAUCCUUUCCUUUUAAUCUACCCAUAAUCCUUGUCUCCUCACCUCCAUCCAUCCUAUCUUUUAUCUCCUCUCUUUUAGCUCUAUUUUUCUCUAUUGUUGCUCUCUUGCAACUUCUUUUAGGGGAUAGAUGACCCAAUGAUAUAAAUUGUCAUCAUUUACUCAUCCUCAUGUUCUGCAAAUCCUGUAUGACUUUGGUAUCACAAAUGGAGAUGUUAAGCAGAAUGACAACCUAUGGCAAAAAGAUGCAAAUAAAGUGAAUGGUGACUGAGGCUGUUCUUAACAUUCUGUGUAUUAUCUCCUUUAGAAUGGAACAAAAUUAGUAUAUGACUUUAAGCACUUAUAUUUCCUCUUCUUUUUGCACAUUUUCCUUCUUCCCUCUUAUUUCCUCUUACCUGGGCACUCAGAUGCUUCAUUGGCUAAAUGAGGAUCCAACCACUGCAAAAACCAAUUGCAGAUAAAUGUACAAAUUGUUAAAGGGAGGUCACCCAAAAAUGAAAAUUCUGUUAUUUACUCACCCUCAUGUUGUUCCAAACCUGUAUGACUUUCUGCCAUAGAUGUUAGGAAGUGUGUUAGUCACCAUUCAGUUUCAUUGUAUCUUUUUUCCAUUUAAUGGAAGUGAAUGGUAAGGCUGUCAUUCUGCCUAACAUUUCAUUUAGUGUUCCACAAAAGAAGAAAAGGUCACAUGGGUUUGGAACAACAUAAUGGUAAGUAAAUGAUUACAGAAUUUUCAUUUUUUAGUUAAAUAUCUCCUUAAAAUUUCAGGAUUGUGUCAUUCCUUCUUUGAGGAAAAAAAGGUGAAAAAUAAAGUUAUUUAAAAAAAAAUUUAAAAUAGCAUUUACAGAGAUAAGAAAUUAAUGUUUGUUUUUAUUUUGUGUGUAUUAUGUAUUGAAAUAAGGCAGAAAAUAGCUGUACCUAUAUAGUGCAUGGCAAUUAUAAGAGAGAGAAGGUUCUGGAUCCAGACACAGACUUUGACCUCUCUCUCUCUCUCAUGUAGAGAUUUAGCUGGAUUGUACAUUUACAGUAAGUGUCUUCUUGUGAUUUACAUCAUUUUAAAUAAGUGAAAAAUCUGCCUGGCUUCUUCAUCACAGAGAUAUGCUUUAAAAGAAGUGUGUGCUUUUUCUAUUGGACCAUGCCGCACACACUUAAAUGGUUGCAUGGGGCUGGAAAAGUUGUAUGUAUUGUAUUAUGAAGUGUAAUGUUAGUCAAAGUUUUCUUAUCACUGCAUUUUUUAAAGGGUUCACACCCUUUUGACUCAUGAAGUUUUAUUCCAUGUUGGGAUUUAGUAUGGGGCCAGGAUUAGGGAAGGAGGGUGUGGCGUGGUGGGAUUUUGGUUCAGAAAUGUCCGCCAUUUAGAAUUGUGUAAUUUUUGUCCCACUUUCCCCUUUGUAUUCCCCAGUGUCUGUGAUAUUCACGAACACAUUUUGGGACUGAAAACACCUCACCUUUUCCCCUUUGAUUUCACUCAAGUAUCUCAUAGCACCUUAUAAACCAGAUCAGAUGUCCCACAUGAAGGAUGUUAAGAGUGGAUGGUAGAUAAUAAUGCAAAUCUGCCAUGCAGUCUUUCGAAAUUACUUCCUAAUGAGUUACUUUGAAAGUGGCAUGAAUCAAGCUAUUAGAAAGAAAACUGAAUGAAAAUGUGUUAACUAUUGCACAACACAUUCUAUGAGACAAAUUAAAUGAUUCAAACAUUGCUCAUGACUUUCCUGUAUAGAAUUUCCUUAGCUCUAAAAUCUGGUGUUGUGCUGAUUAGUGGAUACUCUUAAUGGUGAGUGUCUGUGGUCAGUAGGGAACAGAGAAAGCUCUUUCAGAGAACUUUUCCUUAUGUAUCUAUUCAGAUCAUUGGCUUAGAAGAGGGAAAAGCUUUCUACACUGUAACCUAUGAAUAAAGUUUUGAAUGUAUAUACAAA